GGUACGGAGAGGCCGGGUUCCGGCGUGCAGCGCGGCUGUAUUUCCGGUUCCGCUCGUGGUUUCCCUGAGGCGCCCCGUGCCCAGCGCUCUCAUUGUACGCUCCCGCCAUGGCGUACCGCGGCCAGGGCCAGAAGGUGCAGAAGGUGAUGGUGCAGCCCAUCAACCUCAUCUUCAGAUAUCUUCAAAACCGGUCCCGAAUUCAGGUUUGGCUAUAUGAACAAGUAAAUAUGCGAAUAGAGGGCUGCAUAAUUGGUUUUGAUGAGUAUAUGAAUCUUGUAUUGGAUGAUGCAGAGGAGAUUCACUCUAAAACAAAGUCAAGAAAACAACUUGGUAAGAGCAUACCUAGACUUACUGAAUUUCAGAUAAUGUAA